CAGGCUGUCUCCUUGGUCACACACAUGCUCAAACACAGACAAGGGCUAAUUCCUGCUACAGCUACCACCAACAUCAUGGAGAGGAGCUCGUCUGUUUCUUUGGCCAUCACAUCACCCCAGCAGCCUGAACUGGAGACCAGCUUAGAACCGGACUCAGCAGCAAAAUCUGAUCCCAGAGAGGAAAAGGAGAAUGAGGAAGAGGAGCAGGAAGGAGAAAGCUGUGCUAGAGAUGACGCCAAAGGGCAAAGUUUGGAUCCGGAGUGGGUGGAGGAGAGGUUCAGGAUUGACAGGAAGAAGCUUGAAACCAUGCUGUAUGCUCCAGAACAAGGAGGAGAGACGGGAGAAAAGUUUUUCGAGCGAGUAAUGAGGGAAACUGGCACUCAGGUGAAAUGGCCAUCCAAACUAAAGAUUGGAGCCAAGUCAAAGAAAGACCCGCAUGUGAAGGUGGAAGGGAAGAGAACCAACGUUAUGGAAGCCAAAAAGAAGAUACUGGAAGUGCUAGAAACCAAGGUGAACAAGGUGACGCUGAAGAUGGACGUGGCCUUCACAGAGCAUUCCCAUGUCAUUGGAAAAGGUGGUGGGAACAUAAAGAAGGUGAUGGAGGCCACAUGCUGUCACAUCCACUUCCCUGACUCCAAUCGUCACAACGCAGCAGGAGAGAAGAGCAAUCAGGUUUCUAUUGCUGGGCCCAUAGAAGGGGUGGAAGAAGCCAGGAGGAGGAUAAGGGACCUCCAGCCGCUGUCACUGACCUUUGACCUGCCAGUCAGCCUGGUACCCCAGGCUCUGCCAGAUGCAGGCUCUCCACUUAUCCAGCAGGUGGCGCAGAGCUUAGGGGUCAGCGUGAGCUUCAGGGCUGUGCCACCACUGCCUCAAGCCCAGACAACCUUUUAUGGAAGUUCCUGCACAGUUUGGGGGCUGCACGGGCACGCAGCUGCUGUCAAGAAGGCGACGUGCAUCCUGAUGGAGCUCCUGCUUGGGUCAGAGGCCCCAGGGGGGAUAGUGAGCAGCCAGCUGGAUGUCACUGCUCAGCAGCAUCUCUUCCUGUUGGGACAGAAUGGCGCCAACUUUCUGAGUGUUAUGCACAAAACCCAGACCCAAAUCAUCCUGCCAGACCUUAGCGCUCCUCAAAGCCCCCCCUCGCUGCUCAUCCAGGGCAGCCCUGAUGGAGUCUGUCUGGCUCGGCGGCAGCUCAUGGAUUGCCUGCCCGUGUGUUUGAUGUUUGACAUGCGUGAAGAUGGGGAGGGAGAUCCUUGCAAUCUGACUCAGAUGAUGCAAAACCUCGGAGUCUUCAUUUGUGUCAAGCCCAAAGCGAAACAGACCAGCAAGUCAGUGGUGGUGAAGGGUCUGGAAAGGAACAUCUCCUGCAUUUAUGAAGCCCGCCGUCUGCUCCUGGGACUCGAUUCCUGCGAGACUGCAGUGGUAACCACGGUGAGCCCUGAUCUCAUGUCACCUGGUGGCGGGCUGGCAAACUAUUGGCUCGACAUUUUGCUGCAGCAGCUUCAUCUCUCUGAACAGGGCUCUGCACCUGCUCAAACCACAGAGGUGCUGACUGGUACUAAACGUCACCCUUCGCCUCCACCAGGCCUCACUUCUCCAGCUGACGAGGGCAGGGCAGGGCUGAAGGGAACAGACAGUUGCCAGCUGGAAAAGAUCCUUGAAAAUGAGUAUCAGUCAGACCAAUCAGAGGAAGAGGGCACGGAGGUCGUAAGGAUGUCACCAUCUGAGGCGUGCGACGCCGUAAACAGUAACAUCAGCAGGAUGGCUCUGAACGGUAGGAGAGGAAGUCUCCAGAGUGCAGAAAUCACCAAAACGCACGGCCAGGGCAGACGCCACUCCACAGGGCAGGCGCUAACAUACAGGUUGCUGAGCACAGAGAUGGAGGGAGGGUGGAGCGAGCGGCGAACCAGCCUGAGGAGAACUGCUCCUCGGGCUCAAAAUGUUCACGCUGACUCAUCUAAGGCUGAGGAUUAUGACUAUGAGAAGAAGAAACUACUUGCAACAAGAGCCAUGCAGAGGAAGCCUGUGGUCACAGAGGUUCGGACACCGACGGACACCUGGAGUGGCCUCGGAUUCUCCAAGUCCAUGCCGGCCGAGGCAAUCAAGGAGCUCCGUAGCAUCAGCCGGCGCUGCUACAAGCCUUACCUGAGUGCCAACACCAAUCAGCAGUGCUGGACUGCUCAGUUGGGGAAGGCGUGUGUCGGCAGCGAGUCUGAGAACUGGAGGGAGAGACGUGGAUCCACAUCUCUGCUCAUCUCUUCCUCCUCCCCCUCUUCCUCAUCCACAUCCUCCCCCUCCACACCCCCACCUGCCUUCCCUUCCUCCAAAGCCUCCUUCUCUGUGUUUUCCUCCUCGCUGAACAGAAGCAGAAACGACACGUCACCGGAAAACUCAGUCGGUGGCUGCUUCUUCGAAAGCGCCUACUCUACGAGGAGGGAGUCGACCUGCAGUCAGAGGAGCCCGUCCCCCCUUAUGAUGGAUGACCUGCCCGAGCUGCUCAGCCAACUCGGGCUAAUCAAGUACAUCGACCUGUUUGAACAACAGGAGAUCGACUACCAGACAUUUCUCACUCUGUCUGAGGAGGACCUGAAAGAAGUAGGGGUCUCCACUUUCGGAGCCAGGCGCAAGAUGUUAUUAGCCAUCUCGGAUCUGAAAAGGAGUAAAAGGAGGCCGUCGGAUGCCCAGCCCGUGAAGGCCGACUAUCUGGAAGGUGGCGCGAGUGGCAGACUGCCACGCAUCUUGGAUGUGGAUGUUGUGACCACUGGUGAGAGGAGACACCAACCAGAUCUGAGCUUUUGAUUACAGAGUAUUGCUGCCAGAGUGGGGGAAAAAAAGGUUCUUACAGAUAUUCACUUACAAGAAACAGAGAUGUUACAAACAUAAUUUAUCAUUUUUCUAUCCAGUGCCUUAUAUCUAGAGCCAUAUUCCAAAGCUUUUUGUUUUUCUUUUAAAUACGACUCGAGACAAGGACCAAAGCUUGGACUUCACGGGAACCUUUCGAGUAUUUGAUAUUUUUCAAGAAGGAAAUUUUGUAAAUGAUCAAGAAAAUCCUUCUAAGCUUAUUAAGCAAUGUAGUGGAUUUAGGCUUUUAUUGCAGAGAUGACACACAUGAUACAGUAGAGUACAGAAAAUGCUACGUUUAGCUUCGGAUAUUUCUUGGGCUUUUUUGGUUAAAUGAUUAGUGUGGGUGCUCAGAAAUGAAAGCAUGCCACUAGAGGGCAGUGGGGUCCCACUGUCUUUACACACGUCUGUGUUGUAAAAAAAAAAAUAGAUUUGUUUUAACAUUGACAACAGCACAAUCCCUGGUGGAUAAAGUGUUGUUAAUUCUGAAAUAUACAUCAGCCACAAUCAGACCAAGGAUUUUUUUUUUAAAUUUCAGUUACUCUAGGCUCGGUUUGUUUCAUUGGCCACAAAACUGAUUGCAUUUACAUUUACCAUUAGUUAUGAGCAUAACAUUGCACCCAUGAAGAUAGUGGUGCUUAAUCUAAUUUAAUCAACAAAUUUGAAAUAUUUUUUUUGGAUUCUCAUGGAACUGUCUGCUUGCAGGCACGAGGAGGUCUUGAUCUGCUCAGAGGCUUUCACGAGCUGGCUGGUUCAGUGGCAGCCGAGCAUGAAACACAGAGAGUGACAGGAAGUGUUGGGCUGUGACAAAUUAGGUAGAGAUGAUCCCUACUUAUUACAAUGUCUCUGCCAAUUACAUAGGCAGGCUUUAAAGCACUGAUACUCAAAUCUGGUCCUUGGGCUCUGGAGAACUGCUGGAGUUUUAUCCUGUCGGGUAGUUAAUUACGUUCCACUGAGGUAGCAGGUCUAAAUCGGUCUGUGAUCGCGCGUCUAGAAUGAAAACUACCAAGAAAAAAAAAAA